UAUAGCUAUGCUACCGUUUCUGUGAAUUACCCUUUCAAAUUGCUGAGGAUUGCGCUGUGGGCAGACAAUAGCAGCGAUUUUGACUCUUGUUGGGUGCAGACUUUUCAAGUAGACACCCUCCCACGCUGGGCUCUCUAUGUCGAUACUAGCUAGCGUGGCUAAAACUAGCAGUGAAGACACAGCGGCAUGGACCACCGUGCGAGCUAGCAAUGCAACCGCAUACCCAGGGUCCCUGGCGGGCUUGUUCCAGCCCGCACUGAAGCCUGUGUCACUGCGUCUUCACUACUAGUUUUAGCUGCAGUCACACCUCCGAUUGCAGUGUAGACAUAACCUCUGUCUUUCCUUGUUGUUCUCCCAGACCGACGUUCUGUCAUUCAGCCCCACGGUGUCUGUCCGCUCAUGGUGUACGAAGAAACUCUGGUUUAGUUUGGCAGGUUGCUGGCCAAGGCUCUGUGAGCCACCUGGCAUGCUGGGUUAGGAUCUCUUCUACUCCCCCCCCACCCCCGGCAACUUGUUUUUGUGGCUGUCUCUCCAAAGUUGCCCUUGCCUGUCGGCUUCCCCUUCCCCUCUCAGUUUUGAACCCAAAAGAUGAACUCAGCGCCUGAGAUAAGCCUCGUGUUCUGUUAGUAUGAAUGAGUCAGUUCCUCAUCAUCCGAUUCUGCCUUCACUACAGGUCUGCACCAUUGGCAUUUUCUAUUUACAGUUGCAGAAGUAGCUCAAAAGUGAACUUUUUUCCUUUUCUUGCCCCCCCCCCCACCUUCUGUAUCUCACAAAUUAGGAAUAGCCAGACUGAGUCUGAUCACCGUCCCCGCAGCAUCUGAGCCCCUCCCAGUCUAAUGUACUUAUCCUCACAGCCCCCCUGCGAGGCAGGGCAUGGCUAUUAUCUCCAUUGUAUAGAGGGGAAACUGAGGUACAGAGAGGCGAAGGGGAAAAAUGUGCUAAUGCACCCACGUGAUUUAUUCAGAGUCGAUGAGGUUUGGACUCUUUGGUGUCUAGGUCAUUUUUGAAAAUGGGAGUUAGGUUCCUAAGUCACUUAGGUGCUUUUGAAAAUGUGCCACGAAGUGAAUUGUGCAAGGAAGCCUGAGGCAGCACAGGGACUUGACCCCACAUCUCCUGUGCCCCAGUCUAGCAUUUUAACCACUGCACCAUCCUUCCUCUCUAUAGCCAGCUCACUAUCGUGUCUCCUAAGGAGGCCAGUACCAGCUGCUUCAGAGGCAGCUGCAAGCCACCCUUGCGGUGGGCCGCUACGGAAUAACCUGCUUGUAAAGGAAUUUUCUUCCUGUCACCUUCACUUAGUGGCCGUGUAUGCCCUGAAGCAGGAAGGUCUAUUUCCCUUCCAAUCUUUUCUUCAAUCCCACCUAAAGUAUCUUUGGAGGCCCUCAUUACCAGUAUAAAAAUCCAAUCCUUGUGAAUCUGACUGAGCUGUUCACCUUGCUGAAAUCUUGUGGCAGUGAGUCCCACAGGCUAGCUGCCCACUGUGUACAAAUAAAACCGUUUCCUUUCCACAGUCUUUAACUGGCUGCCUUUUGCUGAAAAACGUCCCUUUGUUCUUGUGUUCUGGGAAGAUAACUAGGACUGUCCCAAGUUCUCUUCUCUCCAUUGUCUGCUGUUUUACAUACUCAAUCAUAUUCCCUCUCACAUCGUUUCUGGAAACUAAACCCUCUCCGCCUUUUCAAUCUGGAUGUUUUCCCAUAAGGCCCUCUCUGUUCUGGCAAUCUCCUUCUGGAGAUAGCGGGGCCAGGAUUGAAUCCAGUAUCCCAGGAAGAGACCUACCAUUGCUAUAGCUAUUACUAUUUGGAUUGCAGUCCCAGGAUCUCAAAUCGAGAUACACCGGGUGCUAUAGCAGUGAGUCAGUGCUGACUAGGCUAAAGCAACUCUCCUAGGGUCAUGGUGGUGCAGACACUGAGUCAGGGCGGGAUGUCUUUGUACAAGAUACACGCUUGCCCAGCCAGAAGGUCUGGGCUGGAUGCAGAAGUUACUGGGUGAGGUUCUGUGGCCGGUGGUAUGUAGUAGAUCAGACUAGAUGAUCGUAUUAUUUAGAUGGAAUGACAAUUUUAAUUGCCUCCCCCCCCCAAAAAAUCUAUUCUGAUUCCAAAAGGUGCUAGUGUGUCUCUUACAAUCCUAAUGGCUCAGACCCGUCAUGUUGAUUUAAUGUGUUUGCAGGAAUGGCUGGGACAUCGCUGCCAUUCCCAGCUAGCGUGGAGGUAAAUUAGCUUUGAAAAGGCUGUACACAUCCCUCUCCAAGGCCUUUGAGUGCCUUUUAGUGCAAAUUGCUUGUGCAUUUCUCGGUGAGGUUGUUUUCUUUCCUCCCUGGGGCCAUAUGCUGCUGUUUUGCAUGUUCGCUGGAUAACAUGCAGCUCUUAACUCUACUCCAUAAAUGCACUAUCCCAGCCUUGCUUAUCUAAAGUGCUUGGCCAGCCAGGUUUCAAACCCGGCGCUGAGUGUGUCUGCCUGUUCUCUUGACGGUAACUGGGAAACAGAUGCUGCCUCUUAGCACCUGCGGGGAAUGGCAAAUUGCUUUUAGGGAACUGGUGCAAAUCUGCCUUGUUUGCUGUCUGACAAGGAGGGCUUCUUGGCUGCUCACUUUUCACUGGCACGUUUCAGCACUGUAGCAAAAGGGCCAGUGUAGAUAUUGGAGCGUCAGAGCUCGCUCAGAGAGGCCAUAAGCGUCUCAGCCAGCCCUUCACCCCACGUGCACGUUGAACCUCAAACAUCUUGGGCCUGAUUCUCCAUUUGCCCUGCACUUCAUACAGUCACGUACGCCGCUGUAAAAUGCUGGCAGGUCAGCGUAGUUGCACUGUUGUAAAUGACUUCGUGGCAAACAGAGAAUCGCGCCCCUCAGUUUUAAACUCCCUUCUUCAUCCCUUUCCGUUUCCCUUGCAUCUGAACUUCUGGCUGCAACCAGAAGAGCCACGGGCACUGGUCUAAAGUGGAGUUACACAAGAGUAAACGUGGUGUGAAUGGAGAAUCUGGCCCAGAGCUUGUUCUUGCAGUUCUCUUUGCACGUGCCUCCCCCUCUCAAUCCCCCCCCCCCCCAUGUUUCAGAACCAAAGAGAAUCAAUAGCAGCUGGAGUUUCGAUUGCCUCUCUGACGAGCCAGUGAUGGGCCUGCUGUGUUAGGAGCACGCCGUGCUGAGAUCUGGCUGCCUGUGUUUUGUUAUAGGCUGCCAGAAACCUUCCCUUUCGCGCCGUGAACCCCAGAUGUUUAUCUCCCUUUCAAUACACAGAGCAGCCCUUUCGCAGCAUGCUGACCUCCGGCGAGCACAGUGCAAAGCAGUCGCCAGUGGUACUGACAUUGCCUUCCUCCCAAGGGCCUCCGAGCCGUUUGCACGCAGCAGGCCUCAUGCCCUCUCUGUGCCUUAUUUUACAGGCACAAAGUUUCAGAGCUAGGAAUGGGCCCCAGGAGUCCUGAUAUCCAGUUCCCUGGUCUGAGCAUGAGCGCAUCCUCCUCCCCCCCGCCCCGCUCACCCUACGGACUCCUCUCCUGUCCCGGCAGAGCAGACGUCCUGCUCAGCUACUUCAUUUAAUGCGAGGAGGAGAGUGGGGCAGGCGCUGGCUACGUGCUUGGGUAGGACACAUGCUCUGGGGGGCCGGGAACGAUCAGGUUCAAGUGUGGUGCUGGAUUGCUUAGCAGAUGAACUUGGGAGCCUCAGGUCCUUAAGCCAGCAAAGGGUCCAGAUGAGCAAGCCUUACUGGGCCAGGCAGGGAGGAGCUGGGCGGGAAGACCCUGCCAUGUCAGACCCCCACCCCGUGCCGCUCCCAGCUCAGCCUGCCCACGGGGGAGACGGCCUGUAUUUUCUUUCUGCGUUAGCACAUGGGAGUGAGUCUUUUUCCCGUGCCAGCGGCAUUGGGCCUGCUCUGCUGGGAUUCAAAGCCUCCUGUCUCUUGGCAGGAACAUGUCCAGCGCAGGCAGGAAGUCCACGUGGUGCUGGGGAAUGAAGCCUGCGAUCUGGACUCCACGGUGUCGGCGCUUGCCCUGGCUUAUUACUUGGCAAAGACCUCUCUGGAGUCCAAGGCGGCAUUUGUCCCCGUGCUGAACAUCCCCCGCUCAGAGUUCCCCUUGCGCACAGAGAGCGCCUUCCUCCUGCAGGAGCAGCAGAUCCCCGACAGCUGCCUGAUCUUCCGGGAUGAGAUCGACCUGCAUACGCUGCACCGGGCUGGCCUCCUCUCCUUGACGCUGGUCGACCAUCACAUCCUGCCGAGCGGAGACGCAGCCCUGGAGGAGGCCGUGAUCGAGGUGAUCGACCAUCGGCCCCUGGAGAGGGCGCCUCGGUGCCGGGUCACCGCGGAGCUGGUGGGCUCCUGCGCCACGCUGGUGACGGAGAGGAUCGUGCAGGGCCCAGCGGAGCUGUUGGACAGACAGACGGCCGCCCUGCUGCGUGGUACCAUAAUUCUGGAUUGUGUCAAUAUGACUCCAGAAGCUGGGAAAGUGACUCCCAAAGACACUCAGUACGUGGCCCUGUUGGAAUCCAAGUUCCCAGACCUCCCGGCGAGGAGCGUCCUGUUUGAGGCUCUGCAGACAGCCAAGUUCGAUGUGUCAGGGCUCACUACAGACCAGAUGCUGCGAAAGGACCUUAAGGUGCUGUCGAGUGAUGGGCUCGUUCUUGCCAUCAGUGCUGUGUACGUGACGCUGGAGGCCUUCCUGCAGCGGCCGGGCUUGCAGCAGGACCUGUGCGCCUUCUGCCAGCGGCACGGCUACGGCGGGUUGGUAGCCAUGACGAUCUCCUUCAACGAGCGGAACGAGCCAUUCCGGCAGCUCGCGGUGUACAGCCAGCAUGCGGCGGUGCGGACAGCGGUGUGUGGCGUUCUGGAGCACGCUAACAACCCGCCCCUGGACCUCUCCCCUCUGGGGAACCUCUACCCCAACAUCUGUGCCUACCACCAGGGCAACACAGUCGCAUCGCGUAAGAAAGUCCUCCCGAUCCUUAAAGACUUCCUAAGGGAGCGGGGCAUAACGGCUGGCCCCAUGCAUCCCGCGGACAAGGAUUCCUGUGGCACGACGAGACCGGAGCCGAAAGACUCCUCUGCCGGUUGUGGCGAAAGCGACGAGAACCCGGAGGACUCGGAUGUGGCUGGCGAAGCGGGUGCCCCGGAGUACGAGCCAAGGGGCAGGAGAGAUCCUGCCAGGUGCCCGAGGCUUGGGGAUGCCCUGCUGGAGGACGAUGCCCCAUUGCCUCCCACCCCCAUGAACAGCCUGGUGGAUGAGUGCCCUCUGGACAGGGGGCUGCCCAAGCUGUCGGCAGAGGCGAUCUUCGAGAAGUUCAGCCACAUCACGGUGGUGCGCCCCUCCGCCAGCAGCAGCCCCGAGAAGAAAUGACACCGGGGCUGGUGCCCGCUCGGGUUUCAGGGACGCGAUUGCAAUCCGCUCUGGGAUUAAACGAGCGGCCUCUUUCUGUGUGUGGACGAAACACGUCCAGCUGUCUCGCGGGGACGUGGACCCCGGCCUCUGCAAUAAAAGCCAGACGUAGGCGCUUUUGUCAGCGAUGCUCUGGAACUGACCUCCGUGGAGCUCCUUCUCCAGCGGGGGAUUUCAUAGGAAAGCCAAACCAAAAUGCCAGCAGAGUGGCACCCCCCAGUGCAAAGUGGAGCUGCACUUCAAAGGUACCCGGGGGCUUGAUCCUGGCUGGACUGUGCCCACAAGAACCACCUCUUUCUCUUACAGUGAUUUCUUUAAACCCUGCCCUGCCGCAGCCGCCUCUUGUGUCGCCGGGCCCUAGGUCAUGAGCAGUUGUGCCGUGUUAUGUGCAAGAACGCCCAGGUCCAGCAGCCCCUGAGUCCCAGUCCACGUUGUGUCCCAUUUCUGUGUGCACAGGCUUACCCCGUGCGUCCCCGUCGUUGGACUGACAUCGUGGGAGGGGAGAUCUCGGCCCCACUCUCGUUGAACCCUCUGUGGAUUUGGCAGCUUUGUUUCUAUCCAGAAUCCCCCUCGGGGAACAGCAAUAAAGGAGAGGAACUUCUCUCCCGUCUCCCCCGGCUCACGUGACCCAGUCAGCCGUCUUGCCUCCUGUGAGCCAUUGGGUCUGUCACGUACCUGCCUGACUGUGCAGCACCGUACGUAAAGGAAAACUCUUCCUUCCCAACUUCCCCGUUAUCUGUGGUCGUAAUUGUCCAAUCCCUUUGAAACCCUGGCUGGGUAACUUUGGAAACUGACCCCCGGGACAGGGAAUUCCAGCCAGCCGUCCAGGGGUUGUGUGAAGGGGUUUCUAGUGAUUGGUUCCUAAAGCUCUGCCCUGGAAAGCGACUGUGAAAGGGAGCUAGUCCCAGGGCCAGGACAAACUGGUUUGGGGUCCUGUUAGUGAACCGGGGCCAGCCUGGGGAGAGGGCUGGGGUCUCUCCUCGUUAGCCCCACGGAACCAGCCCAGGUCUGUGAGGAGGGGGCUCGGGUCUAUUCCUCCUUGUGCAUCAUCUAUGGAAUUGUUUCUAAUUUCCAGUUACAGGUUCUAUAGGGCUUUUUCGGUUGUUCCUCCCCCCACCCCGGGGUGGGUGCACAAGAAGGAAGGAGCCUGGCUUGACUUUUGGAGCCCUGGCUGAGUUUGCAGGGCUCACAAUGAGGAAAAAACUCCUCGGCGCUCAUGAAUUGGACGCGUUUGUUUCCGAGUCACUGAGAGGGAAUAACCCCCAAAUCUCAGGCUGCUGUCUUUACCGUCCUGCUGGAGAGUGAGCUACCCGUGCCUUGGCACGGUCCGACCUGCAGGUGGGGAAAUGGACCAUACAGAAUGCCCCAGUGCGUUUGUUCCUUCUCCCGAGGGGACUAGCAGGGGGUGUCUUUGACCCACAGCUUGGAUCAUUUUUACUGUCUCUGUUUAAUCCACUUUGAUUGGUAAAGCCAGUUGUGUUAACGCUACUGCUCCCCUUCCUGGGGACACGCACCUUGCAUAGUUCCCGUUGGAAAGUAGCCGUUAAUCUUUUGCUGAUAGUUGAAGGUGACGAAGGAGAUACUUUUCAGGUGGCAACUAUUCAUUAAACUAUCGAAGGGGCCACACUAUCAACUUGGCCUCUUUUGCUGUGAGCUCCCUUGAUUUCAGACACGGUUUCGUGUCUACGAUUCCGUGGGUUGGCAGUUCAGAUUGCUUGAGGCCUUGUCUACAUGGGAAAUUUGUACCACUUCAAGUUAAAUCGUUUUUUAACUAAUAUCGUUAAAUCAGUGCAAACCCCUGAGUGGGCUCUGAGGAGAGGAGGGGCUUAUUUCAGUUUAAUUUAAGCCUGUUCCCAAUUGACGUAAGUUAAACAAAAUCAGCCACGAGUAACGGAAAUCAGUUUCCACACGGGUUAUAUCCGUAUAUUGAUUUAAAUUCACACCUUAGAUUUAUGCCAGUGCAAAUGUUCCGUGUAGCCAAGGCCUUAAAUGAUUUAUGCUUGCCACCCCGCAGCUUCCAUUGUUCUCAGAGGGAUGGGUGUGAGAUUCCCCAUUAUCCUCAGCGGGUAGGGGAUGGGAGACAGCUCUUUAGUUAAUCUGGCCCCAAAGGAACACGUGGUCCCAUUUUAUUUAGGUACUUACAUAGGAACUGAGCCCUCUUGCAAACUUGGCCCCAUGGCCUGGACUCUGUCUGCAAAUCAGGAGUUCAAGCAGCAAAUUGACCUAAAUUGCAGGUUGGUACAAUUGGGCCUGCAAAAACCAGAAAAUCUGGCCUCGAAAUCUCUUCCAGGCUCCGUUCCUUGGAAAUGGCCCUUGUCCGCCACCCUGCUGGUGCUUUUGUUGUUAAGGACGGACUUUCAUGCUGGGGCGGUGGUUCUGGUGCACCUGGCACCCAGGAACUGGCGUUCUCCAGAAUUGUCAUUCUGGGCUCUCAUGUGAUAACCGCAAUGGCCUGUGACUCCUAAAAAGGACUCAGGUACUGACACUGCAGGUUAGCAAGUAACCGCAUGUGCCCCCAAGCCAGGUCCACUCUGCGGGGGCACUUGCAUGAAGGCGACAAACUUCCUGACCCCAUAGUCCGACAGCUAUGUAACCCCAUAGUCUGUGGUGGCUGUCAAUAAGCCUUGGGUGCUAAAACCCCAGACACGUUCCUCAGUGUGUCAUGAAUUCCCCUCCUCCCUUUCGUCUUGUGAAUCAUCUAACCUCUGUACGUCUCUAUGGUACGUGCACCCUAGAGAGACUCUCUGGUGGCGGAGCCCUGAACGUCCUACACUACUGUCUGUGUCUGUCCAUAUGUCCCACAAGCAAAGGCUCAAACAGGUGGGUCUGGGAGCUGCACUGACGGAUGAGGUCGAUACCCGGAAAUGAAUGCUGCGUCUGAAUCCCUCUCCACUUUGUAGCUGUAAUGCUGUCUCUACGAAAGCAACGUGCAUCCUUAUUUAUGGAGGAUACCUCGAGAGGUUCAGGCUCAGAGGCUGUCGGUCCUGCACCUUGCACCAGAAAUAAGACAGAACCAGGUGUGAUCUCCCUCUUUGUGUGUAUUGUAGUGGCAUGCAGGAGCCCCAGUCAUAGACCAAGACCCCAUGGUGCUAGGUGCUGUAAAAACACAGAACAGACAAUCUGUGCCCUAAAGAGCAGGGAAGCAGAAAGGCCCUGGAAGGUUUAACAAAAGCUUUAGUAUCUGCGAGGUACAAUUGGAUGCUAGAGUUGGGGGUGACAUUACAUAGCCCUUUUUGAACUAGUCUUUGCAGCACCCCUCUGGGUGAGUGUGGUCAUUAUACCUGCUGUGCAGCUGGGGGAAAGUGAGGCACAGCGGGGGACGUGUCCUGCCAUCAGCGAGUUGGUGUCUACUGGGGUAUGAUUCAGGAGCUCCCAGCUCAGGCUGCCCCACAUGGUAAUCAAAGGAACCAGAAUGCAUUUGCAAUCUGUGGGGUUAAAGAAAAUCUGCUUUGGGGUGAGGGGUUAGGGAAGGGAGAUAUUGAACUUGUGGGGGAGUAGGGUAGGGAAACUCUCAGUUCUAUCAGAGCUGGGGUUUAAUUCACCCUUGCGCAGGGAGAGGGGAGCAGCACCAAGGUUAAUGCAUCAUAUAAGCCAGCAAAAUUGGCCUCCACGCCCUGAUUUAGGAAAGCAUCCCUAUUUGGGAAGGGUGCUUAAAGUUAAACACAUGCUUCAGUGCUUUCCUGAAUCAGGGUUGGAUAUGUCUUUGGAGGGGGGUGUCAAUUUCACUCUGGAUGCAGGCUCCUGUUAAUCUGGGUAUCAGCUGAAGUAAUAUACAGUAUGUAAUCAAAAUAAGAUGAGAAGCAGCUUUAUUUAAAUGGAGGGGACUGAGGCACAGGGAAGAGAAUGCGGUUUGAUUUUUCAUCCAAUGUAGCAUUGUAUAAAUCACAUUUUAGCAAGAGAACCCAUGAGAACCUCAGAGUCGUCGCAGUGGGUCCAUAAGCCUUUCUGUUCCAGUCUCGGCAAGCCCAUCUGAAGCAGGAUGAGACGCUGUUCUCGGCUGGCAGUGCUUUCUGAUGGUCAAGUUUUGUUAUUUAAAAAAAAAAACGGAUUUGAUAUGGUAAUUUCCCUUCCAACACUUUUGUGGUGUUGUGUUUUUACUUAGGCCACCGGUCUACUAAAAUAUGCUAUGUUUCAAAAUUAAUUUCAGAAUUGUAUGAAAAGAGAGAAAUACUACGUAACCAAAGUUUUUUGUUUUUGUAAUUCUGAUGAUCUUGCAUUUUAAGGAUUAAAUGUGUGUGCUUUCCUGA